GUCAGUUUAUGGAUAUUACAUGAUGCAACCUCCCCUUCUCACAUCAGCCGCUGAACUUCUAUAAUAAAGGCAUAUUUGUAUUCUAAAAUGGCGGCGCCUUACUCGUCUCAGUGCGGAGCAUCUCUGCAUGGUGGUUAUAACCAUCCCACAACCAGGAGCUGGCAAAGCACUAAUACAGAAAUCACGAACAAGAACUUGAUUUACCCUCUCUUCAUUUCAGAUGAAGCUGAUGCAGAGGAGGAAAUAUCAAGCCUCCCUGGGCAAUACAGGUUUGGAGUUAACAACAUAGAAAAGAUAGUUACACCCUUGGUAGAGAAAGGACUUAAGGUUGUUUUAUUGUUUGGAGUUGUCUCCAGGCUUAAUAAGACUGGUGAUGGUUACAAUGCUGACAGUGAGGAUUCCCCUGUGAUCCUGGCCACUAAGAAGCUAUCAUCCUUGUAUCCUGAUCUACUGAUAUGCUGUGACGUUUGCAUUUGUCCUUAUGCAACCCAUGGCCAUUGUGGUAUUCUCAAUGUUGAUGGUUCUAUCAACAAUCCAGCAAGUAUCAAACGAAUAGCAGAAAUAUCUUUAUCUUAUGCCAAGGCAGGAUGUCAUGUGAUAGCCCCAUCAGACAUGAUGGACAACCGUAUUGCAGCCAUUAAGGAAAUUUUACACAGGAUGGGUUAUGGAGGAAAGGUUGCAGUAAUGAGCUACAGUGCCAAGUUUGCCUCUAGUUUUUAUGGUCCAUUCAGAGAGGCAGCCAAGAGUGCACCAGCAUUUGGCGACAGGAGAUGUUACCAGUUGCCAUUAGGCUCUAAGGGUCUUGCAGCCAGAGCAGUGGAGCGUGAUGUCAAAGAAGGUGCAGACAUGCUGAUGGUGAAACCAGGAAUGGCAUAUCUUGAUAUUGUGAGACAGACUAAGGAUAAGUUUCCUGACUUGCCUCUGGCAAUUUACCAGGUUUCUGGAGAGUUUGCCAUGCUGUACCAUGGAAGCAAAGCUGGAGCUUUUGACUUGAAGACCAUAGUGUUAGAAUGCUUAACAUCAAUGAGAAGGGCAGGUGCAGAUAUUAUCAUAACAUAUUUUGUUCCACAAUUAUUGGACUGGCUAAAAGAACACCACUGAAGAUCAAUGACCACAGUCGGAUCAUGCACUCGCAAUAAUAAUUAUUGUAUUAGAGUACUGUAUGUAGGUUGUGUUACUGCACAUCUUUAUGCAUCAUGUAGGAUUUAGAAAACCCAUGGUAAGAAUUAAAUUUUAAUCAUAAAUGCACAUAUUUUGUCAUUACAAAUUUUCUAUUUAAUAUGGCAUUUUAUUUUUUGCUAAGUGGGUAGUAUUUUAAGAGCCUUCAGUUGAGCAAAGUAUAACCAGAGAAUAGAGAACUGUGCUGUAUUGAACAGAAAAUAUUUGAGUGGAGUAUUUAUCACGUAUAAUGUGUUAGACUUGCACCUAAUUAAAACAAGGGUAACACAAAUCCCUGAAUGGAUCAUUACUGCCAUAGAACUGCACUUGACAAAUUAAAUGCUUGAUUACCAGUUACAUGUAAGUUUACUGGAUUCAUACUGAACUCUUUUAAGAUAUAUCUUUAAAGCCUGGUUUUCACUAGUGAGGAAAGCACAAGCAUAAACACAAGCGCAAGCACAAGUGCAUGUACAAGCACA